CGCGGGUUGCCCUGCGCACGACCCUUGGCCACGAGUCAUCUCCUGACCUCCUCGGCAUAUUUGGCUAAUUGGUCCCCCUCUCGCCAAUUCCACACUUCCUCCCCGGAAUCACCACACGCUUUGCUAUACCGGUUACACGCGUCUUCUUUUAGGUACCCGCGCCUCGAACACCUGGUUUGACAGGCUACAAGCUACGCUACGGUUGAUCGAUCGUGCCGAGAUCUGAGACCCGAGAAAGCGCGAGGCAAACAAGCAGGCAAACACUUCUUAAACCACCAGCCAACGGUUAACCAAUCAACUUGAGAAACCUCCAAUCCAAUGGACAACGAGCACCCGGCCGGCGACGGCGGGGAGCUUCCCCAAGUCAAUCCAUCCGUCUCAGCAGUCGCGCCCGAGCUAGAGAUCGUCCGGCCGAUCCCACGACGGCCGUUCAAGCUACAUUUUACGAGCCCGACCCCGCCCUCCGAAGAUGACGACGACGACGAUGACAAUGACAUGCAGCGCCAGACCCCAAACAUCUCAGCCAGCGACCUGCGCUUCCUCGACACCUCCUACCGCACCACCAACCACCACCACCAUCAUCAAGGCACCGACACCCCGCUCAGCCGCGCAACAUCCUUCCUCAACCUGACCUCGUCUACACUGUUCGGCAUCUACGCCCCCUCAUUCUCCUCCCCUUCCUUUUCCUCCAACCCCACGCCUAGCGCCUCCUCGCCCAGGGCCGACCACAACAACCCGGGCUACUAUAAUAUCCUAUCUGACCGUGUCGGCGGCGGCGAGGAGACGUCGGUCCGCCGUCGGCCGGGGCUGGACGAAAAGACAUACUCUGUGAUCCGGCGCAGGUCGAGUGCUGCGGGUAGUAGUAGUGCGGACGCGGCGCGAUUCAUGCCGGGAGGUGGCGGCGGCGGCGGCGGGCGGACACAGCAGCUGACGACGACGCGGACGCGGGGGAGUAUGGCCAUGGCGUUGGUUCUUAGGGCAGGGUUGUUAUUCUUACUUGGGGUCGGGUAUGGUGUGUUGGUUACGAGGACGCGGCUCCCUGCUGCCGGACACGAACAAGGACGCCAAGGGCAGGGGUUGUUGUUGAUGAUGUUGAAACAACAAGGGGGGCAAGGUGGUGAUGAUAGAGUGGCGCAUGAUGGGUACGAGUGGCGGUACGUACCCCUCGCGCUCUGGGGCGCGGCGGGGGUGGUUCUGGGCGGGUUGCUGCCGUGGUUUGAUAAGAUCUGGGAACGGCGGGCGGCGGCGGCUUCUCCUUCUUCUGGCAGGGUCAAUAAGGCGGGGCGGAGUGGUGGGGAUGGAGUUGUCUAUGAGGAUGGGGAGAGCGAUGAUGGUGGGGACGGGGAUGGUGAAAUCGACGUCGACCCGAUGGCAACGCCUACGCGGCCGGCACCGGUUGCUGCCACCUCCGCAGAAACCGACUGGGCGCUCGUCGUCCGCGGCAUCGGCGCCUUUGUCGGCAUCGUCUUUGCCAUCCGCAAGCUCCCCUGGGCCUCUACCAUGCAGGUCUCCCUCACCCUGGCCCUGACCAACCCGUUUCUCUGGUACCUCAUUGACCGGUCCAAACCGGGUUUCCUGCUGUCUGCGGCCGUCGGGCUGGCCGGGUCCGCCGCGUUUUUACUCCUGGGGCUUGUCAACCCGGAUAUGCUGCUGAUGAUGGUGCCUUCUGCUGCCGCUGCUGCUGGGGUGCUGGACAUGCCUGGCUCUUCUUCGUCUCCUGGUGGUUCUAGCUCGAGUUGGUCACUCUUCGCUUCUAACAGGACAGGUGGUGGAGGUACCAGCGGCGGUUAUGAGGCGGCUGCUGCUGCUGCGCUGGGGAACGGGACGACGACGACAACGCUGAUGGCUGCGAUGGGCCGUCUGGCCAGCCAGGAGACGGUUGAGACCACGAUCUGGAUGCUGAGCGUGCUGUUUUGCAGCUGUGUGUGCUUUGGCAAUAUCGGCCGCCGCCUUGCGCUCAACUCGUCGGCUGCCGGCCGCGGGAGGUGGGGAGGCGUGCGGUGAGCCUGGUUCAUUCUUGCUGUUGUUGAUGUUAUUGCGUUUCUCUAUUUUUAUGCGUGGUUUUGUUGGGGUCGGUAUUUUCCCCCGUGUCAUCUGGUACGGUUUGGGCGGUCUUCUCUAGGGGUUUCAAAAGCAAAACAAAACAAAACCGGAAAGCCAGGUAUUAAUCA